GCGUGCACGAGGAUGAAGAGAGGAAUAACUCACCAUUACGCACACACAUACACAUACAUUCACACAGGGAGAACUCGCGGAAAAAAAGAAAAAGCGCAGACAUGGAUGACCCACUCACAAAAUGGCUCCACUUCCACACUGACAUCAACAACACGGCGCUGGCGAUUGUCGAGGAAGGGUGCGAGCGGUGACGCGGUGAAAAUGAUGGAAAAACGGCAGCCGGAGGUUUGUCCAGGGAGUCCCGACUCAGUCCACGGUCCUGAAAAGCGGGAAGACCAGUUCUCGAGACAGAAUGGAUGUAAGGAGGAGCACGAGGAGGCGAGGGGGGAGCAUGAGGGGGGCGAGGAGGAGGAGAGGGGUAAAGGAGGAGGGGGCAUGAAGGCACUGGAAGAGACGGAUGACGUUCCUCUGCAGAAGUCGAGCAACGGGACCAGCAUCAGCAUCAUCAUUAACGGCGUUACCAAGGAAACUGCCUCUCACAACGCCCUUGACCUGAAAAGGGAAGUGCCGGUGAUCGAGCUCUCCAGGAGGGACGCUAUAAAAGCGCUUGAACACAGGACUGACAAUCAUUUGGUGCCGAUAACAGAACUUCGUAGACCUCCGCCGCUGCCACUUCCGCCGCCACAACGAGACGACGCUCGAAUGGUCCAGCUGAGCCCAAACGCGUUCCCGGUCCCGGCGCGGGCGAUGCUCUACAACCUGGCACAGCCUCUCGCCGCCAUCAACAGUCUUGGAGGAGACUCGGAGCAGUACAGCAUGUACCCCAGCAACAGGGUAAAGCGCCGCCCGGCGCCUUAUGAGGUUGAACUCGACGAGGCGGGCCAGCCCAAAAUUGUCCGUCGCAUAUUCACAAACAGCCGAGAGCGCUGGCGGCAACAGAACGUCAACGGGGCAUUUGCCGAGCUCCGAAAGCUCAUCCCCACGCAUCCUCCAGACAAGAAACUGAGCAAGAAUGAGAUCUUAAGGUUAGCUAUGAAAUAUAUUAGCUUCCUAUCCAACCUGCUGGAAGAUCAGGACGGCGGCAGGAAUCUUGGAGGCACUACGGAUGGGGACACUGGGCUUCUAGUCGGGGUGGGGGCUCAUGACAGGACACCACAGGGAGGGCCACGGCAGGACACAGUGGUGAGUUUGGCCCGGGACGAUAUUCUAGAAACAAUGUCGCCCAGUUCUAGUUGUGGAAGUCUGCCCGAUGGGGACGGAGAGGGCAGUCCGGAGAGCUUUGUGGAGGAUCAGGAUUCGCCUCCAGUUCCAAGGACGAUAUCAGCUCAACGCUCCAUCCAUCUGCCAUCUAGAGAUUUGAGACGCAAUGGACGCGCCUUGGAUGGGGCCAACCGGCGAUGAUCCGAUGUUUCAACCAGUCUCCGAAACUCAACCCGAUCUAGCAAGGAUGAUAAAAGGUUGAAAUUGCCCAGGACCUUUAAAGACAUUUUGCCAUCAGUGGAUUUUGAACACAUUUUCAAGCAGUGAUACAGUUUGCAUGGCACUGCAUUUGUGAGUGUAUUGGUUCUAUUGAAGGACUUGUACAUUCUGCAUGUUUUUUGACCAGUUGAUGAUUAUUAUAUUUGCUGCCCAAAGACACAGUAUUCAAAAUAUAUAUAUGAAUAAUACAAAACCAAAAAAGGAACAAUUUUGGCGAACAAUGUGCAGAUUUGACAUGGGGGUUACAAUGUAGUCCAAUUCCAAAAUGCUGUACAUGUUUCAGAAGAUUGAAGAAGUGAUCAUAAUCCCAGUUGCGUAUUGUAAAUAGCACAAACGUACUAACAGUGACUGGUGUGGUAACAGCGUAGUGUUUGUCAAUGGAUUUGAUAGAUUGAUGGCAUGAAAAUGUAAGGUCUAAUUUUUGUAACAUACUUGGUACCAUUUUGGUGAUGAUGAACCAACUGAAAGAUAUGAAUUUGCUGUGCAGGUACCUGACAUGCAGUGUGUCUUUGGGUCACACAAGAUCAUAAAAUGGCUCAUGAGGUCCUUUUGAUAUGAAUGUUUGCGUAUUUUUAAAGCUGUAACACGGUUUUAGUGGUGUAGUAUGGUACACAGGAAUAUCCCUUAAUUGCAGUAGCUCUCACAUGCACAGUGUUAAUAUCAGUAACACCAGCAUCUCUCUGCUAAGGACAGUCAUAGUGCUUGCUGUGUUUGGUUCUGCUUCUUUCUCAGCAGGACAUUGUAGCUUAUAUUGGUACCUUUGGUAAUUAUGGUAUUUUGUUAACUGCAGUAAAGGGAAAUUGUACGUUUGGUAAAGACAUAUUUGUUGUAUAGAUGUAUCUAUAAAUAUAUCCAAUGUCACACUGAGGAAUUUUAUAUGAAAAAUCCUAAAUAAAACAAAGUGAGAAAAUUGUU